AGCCUCCUGUGCUGUCAAGAUGGCGGACGAAGAAAACACACUAACUGUGAGGAUAAUUUACUUGCUAUGAAUUGGAAUUACAAUGCUCCCAGUGGCCUCUGAGACGAAGAAACGCCAGGCUCCAAAGGCUCCGGAACUUCCCAUUCUGGAGAGGAGGAACUGGCUCAUCCACCUGCACUACAUCCGCAAAGACUAUGAGAUCUGCAAGGCAAUGAUCAAAGAGCAGCUACAGGAGACCCAGGGAAUGUGUGAAUAUGCCAUAUACGUACAAGCUUUAAUCUUGCGUCUGGAGGGGCAGAUCCAGCCAUCCCUGGAGCUGUUCCAGAGUUGUGCCAUCCUCAAUCCCACCAGCCCCGACAACCUCAAACAAGUGGCCCGAUCGCUUUUUCUGUUGGGGAAACACAAGGCAGCCAUUGAGGUUUAUCAGGAAGCUGGGAAGCUCAAUGAGAAAGACUGGGAGAUCAACCAUAAUCUGGGUGUAUGCUAUUCCUUCAUAAAAGACUUCCAAAAUUCUGAAGAGCAGUUGAAUGCAGCCCUGCAGUUGAAAAAACACGACAGGACAUUCAUGACACUGGGAAAGGUCCACUUGUUGGCGGGAGACACGGACAAAGCCAUCGAAGUGUACAAGAGUGCAGUGGAGUUCUCUCCAGAGAAUGCCGAGUUGCUGACCACUCUGGGGCUCCUGUAUCUGCAGUUGGGAAAAUACCAAAAAGCAUUUGAACAUCUCGGGAAUGCACUUACUCAUGAUCCUAAUAACUAUAAGGCCAUCCUGGCAGCAGGCAGUAUGAUGCAGACCCAUGGGGACUUUGAUGUGGCCAUGAACAAGUACCGCGUGGCAGCGUGCAUGGUCCCCGAGAGCCCCCCGCUCUGGAACAACAUCGGCAUGUGCUUCUUUGGCAAGAAGAAAUAUGUAGCAGCCAUCAGCUGCCUGAAGCGGGCCCACUACCUGUCUCCGUUUGACUGGAAGGUACUGUACAACCUGGGCCUGGUGCACCUCACCAUGCAGCAGUAUGCCUCUGCCUUCCACUUCCUCAGCGCUGCCACCAACCUGCAGCCCCACCUGGGAGAACUCUACAUGCUACUAGCAGUUGCACUGACCAAUCUGGAGGAUGUGGACAAUGCCAGGAGAUCCUAUGAACAAGCUGUGGCUUUAGACCAGUCCAACCCUCUGGUCAACCUGAACUUUGCCAUUCUGCUGUACAACCACGGGGACAAGAAGGGAGCCCUGCAACAGUACCAAGAGAUGGAAAGGAAAGUCAACAUACUGAAGGACAGCAACACUGAGUUUGACCCUGAGCUAAUGGACAUGGCUCAGAAGAUGGCCGCUGCCUUGCAGGUGGGAGAGAGCCUGGAGUGGACCAAGCCGGUCAAAGACCCCAAGUCUAAGCAGCGCUCGGCUGGGGCCCCCAGUAAAACCCCUGGCAGCUCCCAGCAGCCCCUAGGCACCAACCAGGCCCUGGAGCAGGCCAUGUCCUCCGCCGCAGGCUACAACAAGAGCAUCUCACUCCCCACAGGAGUGUCCCCCCACAGCCAGCCCACGCCCCCUCCCUGGCCUUAGAGGAGGAGCCUGAUGUGGAGACCACCGCCACCCGAGCCCCUCAGCCAGAAGAGUCAGACCCCUCCACCACCAUGCCCCCUCUGGCAGCCAAACCCAAAGUCAAGAAGAACAAGUUGAAGCAAGAGCUGAACUAGACUAGACGUCCCGUAUCUAGUCCACAGGCCUGUAGUGUAUCAUCACUCCCAGAAUGUCACUCAGCUUAUCUAGUCCACAGGCCUGUAGUGUAUCAUCACUCCCAGAAUGUCACUCAGCUUAUCUAGUCCAUAGGCCUGUAGUGUAUCAUCACUCCCAGAAUGUCACUCAGCUUAUCUAGUCCACAGGCCUGUAGCGUAUCAUCACUCCCAGAAUGUCACUCAGCUUAUCUAGUCCACAGGCCUGUAGUGUAUCAUCACUCCCAGAAUGUCACUCGAUCUCUAUCCGUUUUAGUUUUCAUCAAGAAUAGUUAGUCGAAGGCCACAAGGCGUUCACUAGCUUUUUGAUUUAGCUUGUUUACAAAGUGCUUUAUGUUGCUCUUUCUUAAUGGUCUUACUAACCAAGGUGAGCCAGCCUAAUGACAGAGGUGUCAUAAUGAGUUGACUUCCUGAUCAUCAAAGGCCUUGACAUGAUCUCUUUUCAGUAGUUUCAGAUACUUCCUCUGUUCAACUUUCUCUAUUGGGCCGUGUCAAAUGCAGCAUAUGAUUUUUUUCUACUUAGCCUUGGUCAGUGGCAGGUCUGGGUUAUUGUUUAUAAUGACACUAAAUAUACAUUCCUCCAUUUUAAGUAACCUCUAAGAUAUGACAAUCAUGAAUGAGAUGAGGGAAAUAAAGAUUGUAGUGUUUUAUACCUAA